CUCUAAAAACAAAAACAACAAAUUUACUAUGAAGUUAUUUUUGCAAAUGCCUUUUCGUGAAAAACUUUAUUAAUUUGACAAAAAAAAAACAUCAUCGCAAAAUACACAAUGGAACAAAAGAAAUGUGUUUUAGGCUGUUCUUUAUCCAAUAAUCUUUACACUUUUCCUAGCAGUACAACGGAAUGUAAAAGAAGAAAAUUAUGGCUGGACUUUUUUAAUAUACAGGAGCCAAAUACUGCUUAUAUUUUUGCUUGUGAGCAACAUUUUUCGUUUUUACAAACCACAGAGAAAGGUUUAAAAGAUAAUGCGAUUCCUGAUAUACCCAUAAUAUGUAAUGCAGACACAUUAACCUUUCAAAGAAACAUGGAAAAUUGGAGAAAAAAUGUUAUAGUGGUCACUCCCAAAGAUCCAGAGUUUGUAAUUUAUCGUCAUGAAACGGGAGUAUAUCCGCAAAAUCUUUUUAGUGAAUCUACAAUAGUUCAGCCAACAAUGCAAGUUCCUGUGAUUAAAUCUAUUUCAUGCUCCAUGUCCACACAAACGAAUACACGACUCUGUGGUUCAGUACAGAUUUCAGUUAUCACAGAGGAGUAUCGUUUAAAUUGUUUCUAUUGUACAGAAACAUUUCUCUUACAGAAUUGGUCCAAAUUUGUCAAACAUAUGAAAGACAAACAUUUCGCACUAGAAGAAGCUUUCAACAUGUCUAAAUAUCUUUUACAGGAUCAUGAUUAUACCUCUAUAGAAUCACCUUUAGAAGAGAAAGUUAAACCUGUAAUAACCUUAAAUAUGUCUACUAAUCCUAUUUUAGAAGAACCUACACCAUCCGCAGCGGUUUUUAAAGAAACCAUUUUAAUGCCACCCUUAUUGAAUAAACCACAGAAAACUGCAAGAGUUUCUAAGAAAUUAAAUACACCGCCACCUUUAUUUCCUAAACCUGCACAGCCAAUUGAGAAUAAACCAUUCAAUAUAAGUUUAGCUGAUAAGCUUAUAAAUCUUUUGAAUGAAACCGUUUUGAAUCCCAAUUUUCUGCAAGCAGAAGAGGAUAAUAUUGUAAUAAUAAAAAAUACUGGUUCCAGUAACGCAGAAACAAGUAGUUUUUUGAAGAAUUUUAUGAAUUGCGAAACAUCAAAACCUAAAAAGUCCCCAGAAAGCAGUAAGACAAAUAAAUCUGCUACUAUAUUGCCUACAUCAAACAAACAUACGCGUCCAAUUUAUACUUUAAACUAUGGCCAACAAAAUGUUCCUUCAAGAAAACCUUCGUUUUUAGGCAACUUUUUACCGCCAAUAUUGUUAAAAAAUACCAAAUUACAAAAAAGAGUUGCUAAGCGGACUUUGAAAGAGAUAACUGUUUUUGAAAAGGUUUAUAAAACCAUGAAAACAAGACCUCCUAAGGAACUCGGGUCAGGUGAAAUUAUUUUAGACAAUCUAAUUAACACUAACAAAGCUAAUGAAGGGCAAAUGUUAAAUCAAACUCCUUUAAGUCGUUGUCUCAAGAGAACGGAAAGCAUGGCAACAGAACCUGACAAUAGAAACUCUACUUUAGAAAGUGCCAAACAAAAGCCCACAGAGCUUGUUUUUGAGUUUACACCCGAAGAUAUAAUUGUUUCACUGCUGGAGUAUAUAAAAGAUCAUCCAGUUUUAUGGGAAUUUCAUAAUCAACCAUUCAAUAAAAUGUACAACAAAGCCAUUGAAGAAAUAUGUACGGCAAUUAACAUCAAAUGGUCACUACAUAUAACUCCUUUGAAAAUGAGACGUAGUAUUAAUCGAAUAUUAAGAUUUUAUCGUUUAAUGCUACCCAAAGAAAGUAUAGAUCAUUUCGAGGAAUAUUUCAAUAAAUGUGCGCUCUUUUUACCAGAUUCUAUUGAUAAAAUCCCGCGCGCUCGUUGUGACUAUUGUGCUGUAUGUUACGAAACAGAUAGAGAACUGAGAAAACAUUUACUAGAGAAACACAAAUCUUUAAAAUGGCCUUAUAAAUGUCAACAAUGUCGCGAACGUUUUAGAGAACGUGAUGAAUACGAGCUACACAAACACCUGACACACUAUGAGGAAGUCUUUAAAUGUGAACAAUGCCAUAAGAGGUUUUAUCGCCGUAACUUAUACAAUAAACAUAUAAGUUCACACGAACGAACUCUAGUGCGGCGAUUAGAAAGACCGUUGUUAAAUAACCAAAAACCUUUAUUCCAUGUCUGCAAAUUUUGUAGCAAGACAUUUUCAAAAAGCGAAUAUUUAAAUCGUCAUGAACUAAUUCACACUAGGCGUUUCAAUUGUAAUCUCUGUUCCAAGACUUUCAGUUUAAAAUCAUCCCUAAAGGAACAUUUAAGGAGACAUAGUCAAACACUAGACUAUAUAUGUGAAAUGUGCGGAAAGGGCUUUAUACGUAAAGCAAGUCUCAGAAAACAUAUGGAUACACAUACUGGCGAAAAAAUAACCUGCAACAUUUGCAACUUAAGACUAAGAAAGUGUAGUUUAUCUCGUCAUUUGCGGCUUGUGCAUGUUGCCACGGAAGGUACCAUUGAAAGUACAUUUCGUUCGAAAUGUUAUCAUUACAAAAAAUAUUUACAUCCUACAAAUACUCGUCAAGGAAACAAACGCAUUUCAAAUUUACCACGUCAAUAUGUGUGUAAAAUGUGUAAAACUUCAUUCGAUCGUCUUAAACUGCUCAAAGAUCACAAUAAAGAAUUUCACACGGAUGUUCAAAAAACUCCGUGUCAAAUUUGUAAUUUUGAAUUCAAAUAUAUUCCUAAUCUUAAGCGACAUUAUCAAUAUAAGCAUAACCUACACAGAUAUCAGAUUUUUAAAUUAGUCGAUCAGAAUGAAGAUUUGAAUACUGUGUUGGCAAUGAAUGAAGAAGAGUUACAGAAAAUGACACAAGCAGAAUUGAUGGCACAAUUAACUAAAGAGCAAGCUAACACAAAAAACUAUAUACAAUAUAAAAACGAUAAGAUUUACUUUGAGCCGGAUAGAAUAAACAGUAAUAAGAUACAGGAUGAAAUAAUGAAAGCUGUGGAAAGUAUCGAUAAGCAGGAUAUUAAAAUUGAUGAUGAUCAUUCAAUGACUGAGUUUUUUACCGAUCUCCUGAAGCAGUAAAAUAUAAUACCAGUGGCUGGUUCCAUUUAAAUAUUUUGUGUAUAAAACUAACUUUAUUUAGUUAUUAAAAAAUAAAGUUUUCAAAGUUUAAAAAAAUAAGAUUUUCUAUGGAAUACUUAUAGCUAUGGAAUAGUAAGUUUAUAGAAUAAAAACGGUUUUUAACAAAGAAA